CAAGUGAAUUAGGUUCCCGUCGCGUCGACUUAUGAAAGUAAAUAAAGGAUUAUACAAUCACGGCGAGUCGAUCGCGUCCAUGAAUGAGGAGGCGGCAACGCUGAAACGACGUCGUUUGAAAGGCCCCGACAUGGGGUGCGGCACUAACGCCUAACGGUUUAACUGUUCGCUCCUGCCAGACGUACGAGGAAGGCGUCGGGGGUUUGUCCUUUGAAGAGGGAGACGAGCCCAGAAGCGCGACUCGUCCGAGCUCGACUCAGAUCUCUCUCUCCCGAACUCUCUCUCGACUCGGGCCCCCUCCCCCCCUCGAUUCCUCGGAAAAAGUCGAAGCCUUUACGCGGAAAGAGUUCGACCGCGAUAUCGAAUUCGGCGUUUUUCCUUCUCUUCUCGUUGCCCGGUCGUAUGAGCAUGAUCCCAUAAUUGAAGGGACGGUUGGUCGUACUAAAUUUUUCUUCGCAUUCGACCAUUCCUAUAGCUGUGACUGGUGCUCUUUGGAAACUUGUACGGAGAUGAGUUUUGUGUUUCGAGGUAGUAGACCAGAUAUAGAGAAUGGAUUUCCAGAAUUUAUUCCCGAGCGUCGUGCUGUGCGUCUUCAUGCAGCGCGGCCGGUUAAGUCGAACUCCCUAGCAUUUCUUGUCACAGUUCUCCUGCUAUUCAUGAUUCUCAACUCCAACCAGAUGUCACCAAAUUUUUUGCUCUGGCUCGUGCUUGGUGUCUUCUUGAUGGCAACAACCCUUAGGAUGUAUGCGACUUGCCAGCAACUUCAAGCUCAGGCCCAGGUCCAUGCUGCGGCUGCCAAUAGCCUUCUUGGUCAUACUGAAUUGCGGUUGCAUAUGCCACCGUCCAUAGCACUUGCAACAAGAGGACGUUUACAAGGCCUUAGGCUUCAGCUCGCUCUAUUGGACCGUGAAUUCGACGAAUUAGACUAUGAAACUUUGAGAGCACUGGAUUCUGAUAAUGUUCCAACAGUUCCGGCAAUGAAUGAAGAGGAGAUUGAUGCUCUUCCUGUCCACAAAUACAAGGUUACCAGUCUUCCAUGCGGUGGCUCCUCUGCGGAAAAUGGCUCGUCUUCAUUAUCAUCCGAGGAGAAAAAGCAAGAUGUAGGUGCUGCAGCUGGGAGCAUGAAGAGUUCAGAUGAUGAGCUGAUGUGCAGUGUGUGCUUGGAGCAAGUUUCAGCAGGAGAGCUCAUCCGAAGCUUGCCAUGCAUGCAUCAGUUCCAUGCAAGUUGCAUUGAUCCAUGGUUGAGACAGCAGGGAACGUGUCCUGUCUGUAAAUUCAGAGUUGCCUCUGGAUGGCGUGAAAAUGGGCGAGGAAUCGACGCUACAUUCAUGGUCUGAUUAGCGGCAGAAACAUUGUUGUACCAUUAUCUGCUGAAGUACCGAUUGUAUCGUAGAUGUCCGAAUGGGUCGAUUGAGGCUUGUGCCUUCUGUGAUCAUCAGUCAUGGGCCUUGUGAAGAAGCAGCAUUGAGUAUUGGCAUUUAUGCUUUAAAUGGCAUCAGAGAGUCUUACAAUUACGUUAUAACAAAAGAACGAAGAUUUUAACUAAGUCCUCGUUACACUGUGUUGAUGGCUCGGUUGAGUCACCAUUUAUCACCAAUUCAUACAAUCUGCAACA